AUGCAAGGAAUAAUAGAUUUGGCUCCGUUGUUUCUGGCCGUCCCAACUUUGUUUGUGUCUCUGACGCUUGCGAAUGGUUCUAUUCGGCUCGAAACACCGACCUUGACAAGUUAUGUGGGGUCGUUAAUUCAAUCCGCAUUCUUGUCGUCCCUGUUUAUGGUCGUGGUAUCUGUUCUUACAAACCUUAGCGAGAAGACAUCAAGCACGAAGGAGUCUUAUAAAGUUCAAAAGGCUUCAAAUGUGCACCAAGUACUGUUAUUCUUAUCGCUGGGAUUGGUCUUUCUUGCCGAUCAGUUGCUAUGUCCAGCAAGGUUCAUGAAUUUAGUGGUUCUUUCCCUGCUUAUUUCAGGACCCUCGGACACUACUCCUGUCAGUCUAGAUGAUACGCUUAUUCCCAGAAGUGCUAGUUUCAAGACUCAAUUGAAAAAAUAUCAGUUGUUCAUUGUCUAUGUUCUCUCAAUUGUGUUUGAUGCAAUAAUAGCCACUGCCCAAAACCAAUCCUUGAUACCCAUAGUUGUUGGAUAUGGAAUUUUGUUGAUUCCAAUGUUUGUGUUCUUGGCUCCUAUUACAGAAGCAAGCCAGUCAGGGUACCCAGACUUGAAGAUGUCCGGUGUACUUCUGUUUGUGUGUUCUUUUGUUAUGAUAGCAUUCAACUCGAACAGCUACAAUUUGAAAAUGAUGUUCAUCACUGCAGGAUCUUUGACAAUUUUCACGAUCAGUCAAUUGGAUCUUUCUGACUCUAAUCCAAUGAACCAGUUCUUCAACAAAUCGUUAUUUUUAUCCAACUUCAAACUCAAUACCAUCAUUUUAAAUGUGGUAAUGAUAUUGGUUUUACAGGCCACAACUAAUUCCCAUAACCAUAUCGACUCUCUUAAAAACCAUGCCAUUGAUUUAUCUAUCAACAUGUUUCUCAUGAGUAUUAUAACUCCUUCUCAGUCAAAUGCCACUCCUGUCCUCAAAGAAAAGCUUUCUCCCGAUAAGAUGCAUCGCCAAUCAACCUUUUUGUCGCUCAUCAUCCAACUUUUCAACUCCAAAGAGACAAGAUCCAUAUUCAACUUCCUUUUACUCAAUGUUUCGUUCAUGUUCAUCCAGCUUCUAUACUCGUUUCGGUCGAAAUCGCUCAGUCUUCUCAGUGACUCGUUGCAUAUGUUGUUAGACUGCAUGUCGCUUUUCUUGGGACUGUUGGCCUCUUUGGUUGCCAAGAACAAUAAACAAUAUCCAUCCAAAGACUACCCAUUUGGACUAUCCAGAAUAGAAACACUAGCAGGAUUUGCUAAUGGAUCACUGUUAUUGGGAGUCGUGUUUGGAAUUUUCAACGAAUCAUUUCAACGUCUGUUUAAUCCAGUGGAUCUUCGCAAGACUGAUGAGCUUUUGAUUGUCAGUAUACUGGGAUUUGUGGUCAAUCUGGUUGGAAUAUUUGCUUUCAAUCACGGUCACGACGGUUCUCAUGGCUCUCAUUCUCAUAGUCAUUCACACAGUCAUUCACACAGUCAUUCAAGCGAGCAUGCUAACUGUGGAAGCGAUGAAGAACAAGAGAACCUUAGUGAUAAUAUGCACGGUAUUUUCUUGCAUAUAUUAGCAGAUACUCUGGGUUCGGUUGGUGUCAUCUUGUCUACUUUGAUGAUCAAAAUUACCGGUUUACAGAUAAUUGACCCCAUCACAUCCAUCUUGAUUGCAAGUUUGAUUCUUGUAUCGUCAAUUCCAUUACUGAAGUCUUCUUCAUCCAACCUGCUGCUUUCUGCUCAAGAUCGAUCUGUCGACAGGUUGCAGCACGUUUUGACAGAGAUUCUCAAAGUUCCAGGUGUCAAAUCAUAUACCACGCCACGAUUUUGGCCAAUCAGCAAUUCAGGUUCUCAACUUACAGGAUACAUUCACAUUCAAUAUUAUCGCACAGAAAGCUCACUCUUGAUCAGGAAUAAGGUCAACAAGCUAUUCAAGAAUUCUACAAAUAUAUCCAAGGCAUACAUUCAGUUUGAGAAUGAAAUUGAUGAUUGCUGGUGUCGCAAGGAAGGAAUAUUUAGUGUCGGAUAG